UCUCACAGGAGCCCGCACUGCUGGUCUAGGAUAGGAUCACAGCACACGUUCUAUUGUAGGCUCCUGGCGAGAGCUUUGUUUGCUUCCAUAGUUCGGCCUCUAGUGAGCUGUGUGCUGAUUGGUUCAGCUCCGUAACAUUCAUUGGUGUGGAGCGGAGGCCUCGCCCGGUAUGUUUCCCCAUUGGUUGUGUGAGUGGGCGUGUGUGGAAAAAGACAGUCCAGUGGAAGUACGGUGUGAGGUUUCCUUGGAGGAUGGUGGGAUAUGACCCUCACUCAAAGGGACGUCUUCUGUCUACCACUGAAGUAGCUACUGCUGGUUCACUUUCUGGACUGGUGACAAGGGCCUUCAUUAGUCCUCUGGAUGUCAUAAAAAUUCGCUUCCAGCUGCAAAUUGAGGGUCUGAGUAGUCAUGGAGCCCAUGGGAAGUAUAGUGGUAUUGUACAGGCAUUCAGACUGAUUCUGAAGGAGGAAGGCUUGCCUGGGUUCUGGAAAGGACAUGUCCCAGCACAGCUCCUCUCUGUCACCUAUGGUGCUGUACAGUUUGUAAGUUUUGAAGUCCUAACUGAAGGUAUUCAUACAUCCACCUCCUUGGACCCACGAGCACCCGCAGUUCACUUUAUGUGUGGAGGUCUGGCUGCCUGUUCAGCAACUCUCACUGUACAACCCCUGGACACACUGAGGACACGCUUCGCUGCUCAGGGGGAACCCAAGGUGUAUAGAACACUCCGCCAUGCCAUUGUCACUGUGUUCAAGACAGAAGGAUUUCUCACAUUUUACCGGGGGCUCAGUCCUACUCUAUUAGCAGUGUUUCCAUAUGCCGGCCUUCAGUUCUCUUCCUAUAAUCUGUUACAGAGAGUUUGGAAUGCUCCCUCACCACCAGACCAUGAUAGAAGAGGUAACUUGAAGAACCUCCUUUGUGGUAGUGGGGCUGGAGUGAUUAGUAAAACAGCCACUUAUCCGCUGGAUCUGCUUAAAAAAAGGCUCCAGGUUGGGGGCUUUGAGCAGGCAAGAGCAGCAUUUGGAGAGGUCAGAACAUACCGGGGUCUCAGAGACUGUGUAUGUCGUAUAUACAUGGAAGAAGGCUUAAGAGGUUUCUUCAAAGGAUUGUCCCCAAGUCUGCUCAAAGCUGCUGUUUCAACUGGACUCACCUUCUUCUGCUAUGAGAUGUUCUGCAGCAUGUUGUGGGGUCUGAAGGAAACCAGAGAAAGUCAGAAGGUGGAAAAAUGAAUCUGUAAAAUCUGAUCUAUUGCAGAGGAACUACAAGUGCAGUACCACCCAUGUUCUUAUCUCUCUGUGAGAGUUGAUUUAUCUAAGAUUUCACUGGCUGUCCCAAUUCAGCAGUUGAGUUGGAAAGCCUAUUUUUUUACAGUUUUGACCAUGCAGGAAUUUGACCAUUUGUCAGAUCCAGACAUACAGCACUUGCAUCAGCCCAUGGUUGCUCUAUAUUAGGUAUGGUUGAACAUUUUAUCCAGGCUGCCUGAUAUCCUUACAGAUAUUGAUUGAUAGAAGUCUGUUUCAUCCAAUGCACAAUGUAAACAUUGAUAGGACUGUAAAUAUAGUCUGUAACAAACAAUUUAAGAAAUUGCGGAAGUGCCCACAUUUCAAAUCUCUAUUACUAUUGACAGAAAGGGGUGCUGUGAUGCUGCCAGUUCAUUGUGCACAAAGAGGGUGUUUGGAAGUCUCCAGAUGCCCCAUGUUGCAGCUCAUACAUAUGGACUCUUAAACACAGAGGUGUUGGAAAUCAAUUCAUAAGAGAUCAUAAUAAUGGAACCGAUUGCACAGAUAGCACUCCUUUAUGAAAACUAGUAAAGAGGACACAGAAUCUGACUGGCAGAAUUACAUUCAUUUUCCAUGGUGCUAAUUUUUAGGGCCAGUGUUCAUAUGCCCCAAGAGGUGUAUUAGAAAACAUAUCGUGACAACAUUAAUUAGACUUUAUCACCCCCUCUGUUUUUCUUGUAAUGUCCCACUAACUAUAAAACGUAAAGUCCCACGAAUUGCGGCUAGUGCAAAAUAUUGGCAUGUGCGUUAAAUUACCCCUAUACUGUUUAUGCUGCAGCCUCAAUAUAAACCAAAAGCACAUAAACAGGAACUCCACCCCCCACCCCACUUACCCUAGCUUUUUUUCCCUACAACUUAAGCUGGCCAUAGAUGGAGUGAUUUUCUUUCCUGCAGCCACGGGUUGUAGGAAAGAAAAUCACUUGAUUCCCCCAUCAACACAGUGUUCUCUGGGCGGGGGUCCCCACUGAGAGAACACAUUGAUCAUUACUGCUAUUGGCUAUAAUAGCCGCUAGCCACAAUCGCAUGUAAAUGCUGACAGGCUGGUUGUACCGAAGUUGAUUAAUUGAUCAACUUGGUUACAAACAUCUGUGGCCAGCUUUAGCUCCAUUAGCGGGGCAAAUUGCUUGGUGGAUUUCGAACUUGUUUUAAACCCUGCUUGGUUAUUUUUACCUACAAGUAAGCCUAUAAUGACCUGUAGCUCAAAUGAAUAUCUCCUUAACGUGCACCAUUUAGGAUAUAUUUACCCUGCAUGCAGCCAACGACAUCACUGGCGCAUGUUCUCUGAAGGUCCGGAAUACCUUGCUAGGACUUGGACAGAGCUUGGUGCCGGAACUGAGGGCACCCAUGCGCAUGUGACGUCAGACAAUUACAUAGCUGGAGUGCGCUAACCCGGAAGAAAGACAGGGCACUCAGCGGGGACAUUACAGCGCUGGCGGCCUUCGUUCCAAAUUGAGUAUUUCAUGAUGUGCUAAUAUGCAAUGCAUACUAGCACAUUAUGCCAUUGCCUUGCAGUUUGUUUGUUUUUUGCAACGUACAUGGUUUACAACUGCUUUAGUAAAACUUGAAUAGUAAAUGGGGAUCCAUUCCAUUGACGAUGAGUGUCUGUGGCAUGUAUGUUGGUUUUAAAAAAAAAAAAACGUUUAAUCUAUUUAUUUACUAAUUAUAAAA